GUGUCACUUCCAGCUCCCGGGGCGCAGUGGAAGGUGGGCCGCUUCUGGUGUCCAGUGUCAGUGCACAACUGUCUGUGGAGUGACAGCAUCGCUUAGAAAUAGAAGCGGGGCAUCUAUAAAACACGUUAGACAGUCACUGGUCUAGAAACAGUCAGCCGAGACAGCCAGACCAUCACCACAGACGCAGGACACAAAGAGAGCGCAGAGUACCUGGUCUGCCAACCACACACACAGACAGCCGGACAGCAGGACAGCCAGUCUGACACUCCAGGAACUUGUUGGACCCACCCAGAGAGCCGUGAGGAUGCAGCUGUGUACCGUGGUUGAGAAGCGCGCUGGGGCCGUGGUGGGGGCGGAGCUGGCCUGCCGAGUCUGCGAGGAGAACAAGGCUCAGAGGGAGAGUUACUCCGCAGACUGGAACAGCGUCAACGUGAAGACCCGGACCAUGGACAGGCAAUCGAUGAGCAUGAAGGACAACUCCCAUCGUGAGACCUACACUCGGCAGUGGGAGGCUCGCUCCCUGACCCAGGCCUGCCCGUCGGGGGUCUACAGAGUGGGCACCAUGGAGAGGGGCGUUAGGGAGCACCAGCUCCUGCCCAAAAGGAACACCCUGCCCCUGCCCAUCUUCACCCCCGCACAGCUUGGCGUCAGGCUGGGCCGCGGAGAGCCACACACCGAGGAGGACCUCCGGGCCUUCCCCAUCCCCGAUGGCGGCUGCCCUGGCAAGAGGGCCGUGGCGGAGAUCACCCAGGACCUGCCCCCCGUCAAGCCACUCAGGAUGGAGUUCGCCAAGGCACCCAAAGCCCUGGGCCGCUCCAUGUCUCAGGAGGUCCAGAGAGGGUGAACAAAGUCAAUGGGAAGGAGAGGGAGAGGGGGUGUUAGGGAGAACGGUCGUAGGGCUCGGCCAAUCAGAAUACAGCAUGGAGACGUGUAUAGAUUUAUUCCUAGUCAGUUUGUUCCAUCCCUAUAUCCUAGUCGAGCAAACCGUGUACACCUUUACACUUUCAAACCGUGUACACCUUUACACUUUCAAACCGUGUACACCUUUACCCUUUCAAACCGUGUACACCUUUACCCUUUCAAACCGUGUACACCUUUACACUUUCAAACCGUGUACACCUUUACACUUUCAAACCGUGUACACCUUUACACUUUCAAACCGUGUACACCUUUACACUUUCAAUGGGUGUUACAUAUAUAGCAGGGAUGAUAAGGCUGGUGCUCUACUGUUAUAGAAAUGACUAUCUGAUGGGCCGUUUUGAGCGACAUAAAGACAGACAACCUGUUCAGCAGUGUGUUCUUUCAGCCGUGCCAUGAGCUAAUCUCCCUGUUGACUGGAAAUGCCUCAUGGCCUGGUCACGUCUACACGCUGAACGAACCGCACCUGCCUCCUCCCAGGCUGAAUUCUCUCGUGGGUAAGCCCCAUAGCACGGCAGGGUCUCCUGACCACGUUGUCUGCAGAAGUACGUCCUGAGCCACCGGUCAAACAAUGACAGUCACCCUUUACCAGAUUGAGAUGGCAGGAUGGUUUUAAAUGCAAAAUCCAAUUUAGAUAUGAGGAUUUUUUUCUUGGAAGUAUUCAAUGGUGUUUACGGAGGUGUUCGUGUAGAAAGAACAUGCAGAUAUGUAGAGGGUUGGUAGACAGACAAUUCUAGAUAUCAAAAGAGGGCUUGAAAAGUGACAGAAAGAACAGAAGAGAUUUUAUGAAUCGAACAGAGAAACUGAAGAUGAGGGCAGGGUUAGGGUUAGGGUUUGGGCUCAACACACUGUCAUAUCCCUCUCUCUCUUUUUAAACAACACUGUCCUCCCCCAGACCUCCUAGGGCAUUUCAUACUCUCCUGGGUGAGGGACAAAAUGGUACAAAUGCCAUCUCACACCUGGACAAGAAACCUUUGAGAGUGUUCCCACGUCUGGACUGACUACCUGUACGAUCGAGACUAUUCAUCUAGUGUGACUUAAUAAAGUGACCUUUGACCCGUGUAUGUUUUGAAGUGCCUUGUCAUCUUGCCUUGAUUUACAGUUGACAUCUGUUGGUGGAGUUGGCCAACAGAAUGAUGUGAGCCUGUAUCGGUUUUCAUGUGUUGUGUUUAAAAUGUUUUCCUAUAGAGUUAUUUUUCUAAAAUAAAAUCUGAAGUGCUUUUCCUACA